AGUUUUGAGGUUUGGGACGGUUUUAUUUUUUUGUCAAUAUUUCGGUAUUUAUCGGUUUAGAAGUAAAUACAAAAAAACUACAACAAUAACAGUGGCAUCCGAAAUCUAGUGUUUCCUGCUAUCAAGGGUCCAAAGCUAGGGUGCGAGUGUACAGGAAAGGCGGAGGAGCGGAUCGGGACGCGGCCCAGAGCGAAUUAUUCGGAGUCUCCAAAACGGUGACGUCAGAGGCGUAGACGUCGUCGUCGUCAUGGCGUCGUCGGCGCUGCUGAGAUCGGAGCUGUGUUUUUAGUUGGAAAAGAGGAGAAGAAGAAGAACAAGAAGAAGCAGAAGGAGAAGAAAAACGGUGCUGCGGUCGGUCGAGAUGGAGAGAAAUGCGAACGUGCACCGGGACGCCGCGGCCGGAAACAGCGAGACCGCAGGACUGUCGGUCAGCAGUUUGGGUCCGAGUUGCACAACAAGCUCCACCACCAUCUCCACCACCACCACCAUCUCCACCACUCCUCCUCUUAGUGUUAGUGCUAAUGCUAGCACGAACGUCUCCGAGUCGAUGGAAGCGGAAAACGGGAAGCUCGUGCUUCCCGGCGAGGAACCGGAGCAGGAACCGGGCCACGGCGCAUGCGAACACGCAGCCGGAAACAACAGUGACGCUCCAAAACCCACGUUAGAAACCAAGCCGAACAAACAGGAGCCCUCUACAGGGUCUCCAGGUGCUCCAGCGGAUGUUCCUGAGCAGGAGGUCCAGGAGAGGAGCAGUGUGUGUGCUGAGAACAUUGCACCCAAGGCCAAGUCCGAGUCUAAUGAAGGCACCUUGUCUCAGGGGCUGCCCAGCCUGGACUCCCUGGAGUCUUUCUCUAAUCUCAACUCCUCCUGCCCGAGUUCCGAGCAGGUCAGCGAGGGUCUGGAGGAGCAGGAGCAGGUGAAGGAACCGGGGGUGGUCCCUUCUCAGGGCCAACAUGGGGCAGAAGGGAGCAAAGCUCAGAUCUGUAAAGAGCGAGGUGUUGGUGGUGUUGGUGGUGCAGGUCAGUCCAUCUACCACAUCAAAUGGAUCAGGUGGAAGGAGGAGAACACGCCUAUCAUCACCCAGAAUGAGAACGGGCCGUGUCCUCUGCUGGCUAUUAUGAAUGUGCUUCUGUUGGCCUGGAAGGUCAAGUUGCCGCCGAUGAUGGAGAUCAUAACAGCGGAGCAGCUGAUGGAGUAUCUGGGAGACUACAUCCUCGAUGCCAAACCGAAAGAGAUCUCCGAGGUUCAGCGUUUGAACUACGAGCAGAACAUGAGUGAUGCCAUGGCAGUCCUCCACAAGCUACAAACGGGUUUGGACGUAAACGUGAAGUUCACAGGUGUUGGGGUGUUCGAAUACACCCCCGAGUGCAUCGUCUUCGACCUUCUCGACAUCCCGCUGUACCACGGCUGGCUGGUGGAACCUCAGAUGAGUGAUAUAGUGAAGGCUGUGGGGAACUGCAGUUAUAACCAGCUGGUUGAGAAGAUCAUCGGUUAUAAGCAGUCAGAGAACAGCGAGCUGGCUGGAGAAGGCUUCGUAGCGGAGCAGUUCCUCCACAGCACAGCCACACAGCUGACCUACCACGGCCUGUGUGAGCUUACAUCCACCGUGCAGGAGGGGGAGCUGUGUGUGUUCUUCAGGAACAACCACUUCAGUACCAUGACCAAAUUCAAGGGCCAGUUGUACCUACUGGUGACCGAUCAGGGAUUUCUGACUGAGGAGAAGGUGGUGUGGGAGAGUCUACAUAACGUAGACGGAGACGGAAACUUCUGCGAUUCAGAGUUCCGUCUUAGACCCUCUGACCCUGAGAACGUCUACCACGGGCAGCAGGACCAGAUCGACCAGGACUACCUGAUGGCGCUGUCACUGCAGCAGGAGCAGCAGGUGUCAGAUCUUGGUUGGGAGGAGCUCCCUGAGGGCAUCAGUGAUCUAGAGCUAGCGAAGAAGCUACAAGAGGAGGAAGAUCGCAGAGCAUCAGAGUUCUACCAGGAACAGGAGGAGGAGCAGGAGCAGGCUGAAGCACAGGCCGUGCAGGCUCAGGCUCAGGCAGCAGGUGGCCCCGUGGCUGAAGCAGCGAUCGCAGCCCCUGCAGCAGGAGGAGGAGGAGGAACAUCAGCGACAGCAUCGUGUCGGAGUCCAGGGAAGCACAGUUCCAGCACGGAGCGCAAAGCCAAGAAAGAGCUGAAGGAAAAGGAGAAGUGUGUGAUCCUGUAAACGGCGCCGGAACCCGCACACUGUCUCGUCGUUACACACUGACUGCAGAAGCUGCACUCGGAGUGAGAGAGCGCGCAGCGGUUCCUAAGCCACCGGUGCCUGAUGCCGUUCGCUCUCUGGGCUCCGAACACACAGCAGAGCGGAUCGGGGGGUGGGAGUGGGGGGGUCGAACUCGCUCCGUCAGCGUCUCCGAUCCAGCUCACUCGACUUUCCUUCGUCUGCACGGUACAUGUGUGGAGAGACCUCACGCUUCAGGACGCUGGAUCUUUCAUAGCGAAAUGCACCGGAGGGAGAAAUCAUGGCACCGUUUUUUUUUGUUUUUUUUUGCAUUAUCGCAGUUGUUGAUGUUUUAUAAAGCUGUUUGAUAAAUAUAUAUAUAUAUAUAUAUACACACAUUAUAUAUACACACACACAAACACAUGUGCAGUCUGACAGGCAGGUAUCUUCAUACCGCGACCGAGAGGACGAGGUGGUAACAGGUCUAAAUAUCCCACUGUUACACGACGUGCUGUUCAGCUCGCGAGCUCGUGAGGUUGGAGGAGGGAGGGGAGGGGAGGGGGCGAUACGACCGAAAUAUCGUUCAUCACGAUAAAAUAAAUACCGAUUCAUUUGUGGGAACAAAGUGCCAGAAAAUCAGUAGUGCCACAUUUAAACCCAGAGAUGUUUUUUUUUCUUCAUUCAACGAAGAAUCAAAGUUCUUGAAUGCUGUAUGGUCAAAAGUUUGUGGACACCUGACCACAAGACGUCCUUUUUGAACAUCUCAAUGUUCCACAUUUAGUCCCCGUUUAAUAUUCGAACGACCUCUGCGAAGAAGUUCUGCUCUUGUUUUCUACAAGCCCUUAGUGGAUAUUAAACAACUUUUUUUAAAACACACACAGAAGCAGGUUUGGGACGAGACGAUCUGUAGAGCUUUUUCCAGAAAAACGGAACGACUCGAGCAUUCAGAGUUUUUCGAGUGGAACGAAGGAACUUUGGUCAGGAGGGGAUCAGGGGUUGAAUGGGUAGGUGGUGGGUGGUUGGGGGUCGAGAUCAGAGGCAGCAGGUCAGCAGACAAACACCAGGCCAUCUAUUAUGAGGUGGUAUCACAAUGUUUUGAGACGACCAGUUUUGUAACACACCAACAGAUGGCAGCACAAGGCAGAGAGUUCACUAGAUUUUGGAAUGUGUUUGUUGAGAUUUGUGGCAGGUUCUGAUGAAGGUGUGAAAGCCUCAAGUGCAGUCAUUGAUCAAGAGGUUGAGGUCGGAGCUCUGUAGUAGGAGAUCUUUCACUCCUUACUGGAGCUUGCUGGAGCAGGUUUGGGUCUCCUAGUGCAGAUGAUUACAUCCAAAGACGUCCUAUAUGAUUGUGUGCCUCCAAAAUUGUGCGAACAGUACGGAAAAGAACCACAUGCAUCAGGAAAAGUCGGGUGUCCUAAUACUUUUGGCCAUAGUGUAUGUCAGACUGUCAGCGCUCAGAAAUCCUGGUCCCGUCUCCCACCGUGUAUCCAGGGCUUUAAAACUCUCCUCAGUAUCUCCUCACUUCCUCAGGCCUUGCAAGACGGUGAAGAUGCGAGAUGUUUUACUUCACGUCAGGACGGAAAACUCCGACUUAUGCUGCGUCAUUUUCUGUAUUGCUCGUGCCACGACUUCUGCUGUACGUGGUUUUUUUUUUGUUUUUUUUAUGUUCACCCGAAAACGUGUAAAUAAACGUGCACCGCUACACUACA